AAGGCACGAUUCAGUUCAACUUAAAUUAUUGCCACUGUGAAAAUGUUCCAGCACACAUGUUUAAAAUGUUUUGUGGUUGAUGGCUACUUUAACACGUGUUUCUUCUCAUUGUUCCACCAUUUAAUCUGAUCUGUCUUUAUCAAAAAAGUGUUCAUUUUAACCACCGUUGCCUUAUUCAGUAAAGUAAGUGCAGGCCUACCAGGCAUUGGCAGCAUUUAUAGUUGAUCUGCAAAGACAAUUUCCACUGCCAAGGCGUUCACAUGAAGAAAGGAAUGUUGAGUUACUUGUUACGGUGUGGGACAGGCACACGUGUUGAGACAGUUGUCUCGCUGUUCAGCCUGACUCAUUUCCUCUUUACACACCAUCAGAGCAGCUAUGGUUUCAACUGUUUUAUCCCGUCUUGUGUGUUUUUUGUGCGUCAUCGUGAUCCCGGUUGCCUUUGCUGAUGACUGCAGCAGUUAUUAUGAUUCAUAUGGUGUCUUUCAUGAUGCUCAGUCAUGUGUAUUCUGCUGCGGAAACUGCCACAAUAAAUACUGCUGCUACUCCUGGAGUGAACGCUUCACCAAAGCGGCUCAGAAAAGAUGUCAGCCCUACACCGGGGAGGCUACGGCUCGUGGAUCCAGAAGGUACAGCCGUAUCAAUCCAUUAUACAUCAUAAUUGGGGUCACGGCUGCAAUUCUGUGCAUCUUCCUUGCUGGGCUCGUGAUCUGCUGCUGUGUCCCGUGCUGCUGGUGCUACAAGAGACGUCAAAAUGCACGGAACCGAAGGCACACAAAUGUGGCAAACACCAUCACAUUGUUCCACUCACAGCAGCAGGUAUACUCACUACAUGGAUAUCAGCAGCCCCACUCAGGAUAUCAGUCAGUUCCAGUAUACAUGGGCUCAACCAUGCCCGCGACAGCACCACCCUCAUACUUACAAUGCACCAGUCCAGCUUACUCUCCAGCUGCAUUCGGUCAAGGGCAGCCAAUGCACCCCUUCCAACCUCCCAGUCAGCCUUAUGCACCGCCACCGCUGUCAGACGAAUCUGCACCACCGCCACCCUACAACCCUUCAUAUGUAGAAAGCUCCUAAACUCCUGGAUCUCUGCUUACCAGGCCACACUGGGGACUGACUCACAUUCUUAUGUGACAGAGAAAUGUGUGGAUUGAUGUAAAUUGUGUUGAUGCACUGGGAACCACUUACAUUUUCCUUGGGGGGAUUUCUGUUGCUGCCUGUGGGCAAACUGUUAUGGAAUAACCAUUUGUUUGUUUGUUUGUUCAGCUGUAUUAUUAUUAUUAUUGUUGUUGUUUUGUUUUUGUUUUUGUUUUGUUUUUUUACAAAAUGCAGUACGUAAGUUCAAACGUAGAUGCUAAAUGCAAGCACACUCAUUUCAAGAUGGGAAUGAAAAAAACAACAUGCACACGUCUGUAUACAAACCAAAUACAGCUGAAUGCUUGCACUGACAGGACAGUGUGUAUUAAAUAGGAUACUUAUCUGAUUUAUUAUUAAUUUCGGAUUCAUCGACAAAUAUUGAGCAGAUAAUGAAUAGUGUGAAUAAUGAAUCUUCUUUCUGUAAUUAAGCAUAUGCACUAUAUGUGUCUUUUUAAUUUUAUUGUAUUGUUCUUACUACUGUUGGGUUUUAUGUAUUGUUGUUUUAAUUAUAAAAUAUAUAAACCUCUACUGAUGAGUCUGA